GAGAGAGAGGGGGGGCUCCCAGUCGAGCAGGGUAGGCAGCACACAGGCAGGCAGAAGUUUUACAACAGAGAGAAACGGAGGAACCAUUGGAAGGUAUAAUUAUACAAAACUACAGGCAACAGGAUAGCAGUGUCUGGCUGCAGCAGCACCACAGAGGUUAGCUCAGUUCUCCAGUGUUUAAUGGCAGCUAGUGGACAACAGAUAGAAGCAGGAGAAUCACAGUGAGCUUCUGACUCAUGGAAGCCAUGGAGGAGUUCAAACGAGGGAGAUCUGAUACCCUGGACAUACAGUCAGAGGGUGAGGAGAUGACCCCGGUUACCCUGGUAACCACAAUGACCCCUGACACCGAGGUGAACUCUGAGCCUUCCCAGGCAGAGCUGGCUCAGUGUGAGGCGGAGGUCGGAACUCUACUCAGCAUCAUUGCUGAACUCAACAGGAAAAUGGGCGCAUUACAAGCACCAAGUGAUCCAGAUGACCUUAAACCACAGGAGCCAGUCAUCCUCCCUCCGGCUCCAGCCUCCCUGUCCAGCCCCCUUCCAUCCCUCUGCAACCCAGAGAAACACACUGGCACCGCAUCUAAAGCCCCAGUAACCAACAGAGAGGGUAGUGGUGAAGUAUGGUCAGAACUCCAGGGAGUCAUAUCUGUUCUGGAGGGUUCCAUUAACACCAGGAGGACCUGGGCUGCCUCUCACACUGCCUGUGGCCAGGACGGACAGAUGGAACACCUCACAGCCGCCAGGGACAGCUGGGUACAAGUCACACAGGUCUUAGAGGAGAUGGAGAGAGAGUUUGGGAUCUCGUACCCGUCUGGUCUGCCCCCCGAGGAGCGUCAGCAAUACCAGAAGGACAUCCUGGCACUUCACCAGCGGAACUGUGACCUGCGCAGCAGCCUACAAAGCAGACAGGAAGAACUAGAGGGGGCAAAGGUCACGGUGGGAGACAUAGAGGUUGAGAGGAACAGUCUACAUGAGAGGUUACUGGGCCUCCAUAAGGCGUGGCGAUCAGGCAGCCUCUCUCCUCCCUACAGCUCCUCAGGGAGCUCCAGUGGUGUGGUUCUGAGUCCUGGCUGGGCCUCCCCUGGUUCCCCUGGUUCCCCUUCAUUCCUUGGCUCUCCUCCCUUCCCCGGGUCACCCCUGUUCCUCAGAAGACCCAUCGCCAUGGGGAUCUUCCCGGCCCUCUCUACUGGUGGGGACAUAUCCUCCUCGGCCUCUCCAUCACCCUCCCCCUGGCCUGGGAGUGUCCCACAAGGCAGCCCCUGUCGUAGCCCCAGCCCCAGCGUCAGCCUGGAGGGUGAGACAGACAGACUACAGAGGUGUAUAGAAAGGCUGAAGGCCCGGAAUGAGCGUCUGACUGCAGCUCUGGACAAGAGAAAGGGAGAGUCUGAGCUGAUCAGUAUGACGCUCAGCAGACACGAAGCUGACAGCACAGCCCUGCAGAUGGCUCUCCAAUACUGCGAGGAGUGUGAGGAGGCCUACAGUGAGUUACUGUCUGUGUACGAGGGCAGGAGACAGCAGGUCAUACCACACUGGAGACACAUAGCAGGCCCGGUCAUGGAGAGUCAGCAGCCCAACAGUCCCAGGCCGUCCCUUAGGAGUCUAAGAACUGAGGAGUUGUCAACCUCCUUCUCAACACCAGGGGGUGCUGUUGAGACAGAAACACACAUCCAGACCAGGUUCCAUCUCUAUUAUACAGCCAGGGGGACCGAGGUAGAGGGGUGCGAGGCGGACAUUCGGGAGCGUAUCGAGCGGUUGAAGCAGGACAGGGCAGCAGUGUGUGUCCCUAAGCCAGGGCCUGGGGGAGAGGGGAAUCUCAGCCCAGAUACAGGCACCCUGGCUGGGCUUAGAGGGAGCCGUGGAGGACAAGGGGGCCAGGACACCUCCAACCCCCAGAGCACCAAGAGAGAGAAGGCUGUUCUGCUCUAUGACCUGGUCACUGUCAGGGAGGAGAUGUCGGAGCUGCGAGGUUUAAUCCGUCUGACGGAGAAGGAGCGGAGGUGUCUGGACUGGAGUCUAAUGGCCCAGAAGGCCCAGGAUGCAGCUGGAGCCCUGAUCUCUGAGAGCCUCGCUGAGGAGAUAGAGGACAGGAGGACAGAACAGCAGAGGACUUCUGAGAACGAGGAUAAGCUAAGCAACGAUGGAGACAUCCCUGGGCCUCAAAACCGUGCCAUCCUUCGAGAGCUACAGGCUGUCCUGCAACGGGAGCAGGUGCUGAAGAGGAGAGUGUCGGCGGUGAGGGAGUCUCUGGACUUGGUUCUCUCCGACAGCGCCUCUCGCAGGAGAGGCAACGAUGAGCAGAUGGCUCGGCUCGCACAAGCUCACAGCAAGGCCACAGGGUCGUACCGGAACGCUCGCAGGAAGUACAGGGAGAAGCUGUGGAGGCUGGAGAGUCAGGUGUCAGCAAUGUCAGAUCGUCACAUGACCCAGAUCGGGGCCCUGAAGGCCACGCUGGAGGCCAUGGAGUGCAGGAGGGAGGAGACUGUACUCUGACUGAGCUGAGGUCAGCUUCUGGGGACAUUGGUUCUAACUUCUGGUACAGGGUCAGAUAUUAUAAUCCAAAAUGGUUCGGAUGAAUUUGGGAUUUGAGAGUUAGGAUUAGCCUCGUACUACCAUCCUGAUCUCGCAAGUUUACAUAAAAUAUGUUUUACUACCGCUACUUUACUACAUCUACUUUACUACCACUACUUUACUAUAGCUACUUUACUACCACUACUUUACUACCACUACUUUACUAUAGCUACUUUACUACACCUACUUUACUACAUCUACUUUACUACAUCUACUUUACUAUACCUACUUUACUACAGCUACUUUACUACCGCAACCUUAUUACUACAGCUACUUUACUACAGCUACUUUACUGAGCUACUUUACAUUACUAAUCUACUUUACUACAUCUACUUUACUACAGCUACUUUACUACACCUACUUUACUAAGCUACUUUACUACAUCUACUUUACUAUCCCUACUUUACUAAGCUACUUUACUAAUCUACUUGACUAAACUUGCAGAAUCAGGAUGGUAGUACGAAGCCAAGUAAGGAUUGGACUGAUGAUCAAAUAAUCUGAUCCUUGAUCUGUGGUUAGAGGCAACUACUCUUGCCAGCCCUGCCUCCAUUCUGGCCAUAUAGAGACGAUGAUGUGUUAUCUUCAUUCAAGAAAAUGGCAGCAUUAUCCACAUGCUCAGAUCCAGAGAGCUGUAAGCAUCUGAGCCUGGUUAGGAUUUGACCCUGAGGUCAAGGGUUAUUUUCCCACACAGCCUGACUCUAUGAAGCCUGGCCCUGCUCCUCUGAUCUGACAGUGGAGAGGUGAUGAGGUCUGAUGUGUCCACGCUCACCGCUUGUCUUGUUUCUGGUGCUUAUUCACAACCUUUAUCUCUCUCCUCCCUCUUCCUCUCAUGCUCUCUCCCUCUCCUUUUCCCUCUCUUCAUCAUUCUCCAUCUUCUUGCCCCCCCCCAUCUCCUUCUCUCCUCUCCCGUCCUCUCUUCAUUCAUCUCCCUCUCUCCCCCUCUGCCCUGUCUGAGGCGUCUGGCCAGCUGCAGCUGUGACCAGCGGUCAGGAGGUUAAGGCAAAGGUUGAGUGUCACACCCACCGGGUCACAGCGGUGCCUGGCUGUUGUGUCAACCUCUGAAUGGAGGGUUCAGGGGGCCAGACUAGGAGGUGAGCCCCUGCUACCCUGACUCUUGCCUGAGCUUGCCCUCUGUGGCAGCAGGGGUCAUCAGGGUGGAUCUGCUGCCCUGUUCCCCUCUCCCUGGGUCUCCCUGUGUCUCCCUGUGUCUCCCUGGGUCUCCCUGUGUCUCCCUGUGUCUCCCUGUGUCUCCCUGUGUCUCCCUGAGUCUCCCUGUGUCUCCCUGUGUCUCCCUGGGUCUCCCUGUGUCUCCCUGUGUCUCCCUGGGUCUCCCUGUGUCUUCCUGUGUCUCCCUGUGUCUCCCUGUGUCUCCCUGGUUCUCCCUGUGUCUCCCUGUGUCUCCCUGUGUCUUAAUGACCAUUGUUAUAAUAGCUGCUAUUAGAACAUAGUAUACAAUUAUCAUUCCAUUUUGCUAUCUCUCUCUCUCUCCCUCUCUCCCUCUCUCCCUCUCUCUCUCUCCCUCUCUCCCCUCUCUCUCUCUCUCUCUCUCUCUCUCUCUCUCUCUCCCUCUCUCUCUCUCUCUCUCUCUCUCUCCACCCUCUCACUCUGUCUCCCCCGUCUCUAUCUCUGUCUCUCUCUCUCUCGUUCUCACUGCUGUGCGUUUGCCUCCAGCUCAUCAAAGGGUCUCAAUCCAGGUUCUAACCUCUGGUUGACUCUGCUUUCCUGGCAAAAGAUGUCACGAGAAGGGAAAAAUAGAAGGAGACAUUGAUGCACUCACCCAUGUCUAUAGCAUUGAUACAGUAAACAUCAUGUGCUUAUGUCAUUAUAGUAAUGUGUGAUUUCUCUACAGUCUCAGGACUCAGCGUCUGUAUGAUAGGGUCCAGCUGAUGAUCAUGUAUUUACAUCAACUGGAAUGUUUUUCACAAUGACUGUUUUGAAUUAUUGAAUGAACUUAUCUCCUUGGUUUGGAAUGAAAUCAUGCUACUGAAAGACAUAUUGAAUCUAUUUUUAAAAAAGGACAAGUUUAAUAUAAUCCUGGUGUAACGAUUUAAUGCAGGAAAUGUGGAUACGAAGUGUGUUUGCUUUGCAUAAGGGGUAUAUCAAAAAUGAUCUGUGAACAGAUUGAGGAAACAGGGGAUCUGUAGAUGCCUGGGAACAAGUCCCCCUGCCAUUAUUACACAAUAACAGAGGCUGUCAAUCACACACACAGAGGGCAAUGACCCUAGGGUUGAAGGUCACCUCAUUUACUCUCUGCAUCCGUAUCUCAUUUAAAUAAAUUGUCCUGCUAAGCCGUAUAAAGAGA